AUGCGAGAUAGACUGGGGCUACAGUGUCAUAGAACGACAGUGGGUAGAUAUCUGCACAAGGAAGGCAUCCACAGAAGGAUACCGGCAGUGAAGCCAUUGCUCACUGAGGAUCAUAGAAAGAGAAGACUACAGUUCUGCCAGGAGAACCUGAAUAGGGACUGGAGCACCGUAGUCUUCUCCGAUGAAAAAAUUUUUUGUACAAAUACGGAUUACCGACCGCCGCUAUGGCGUCGGAACAACACUAGAUACGACCCAGCAAACAUAAUCCCCAACAGAACCACGGGUCGGACGACAAUGGGAUACUGGGGGUGGAUGACGGCGGACGGACCAUUGGAUUUAGUUAGUAUAACUGGUAAGAGAUAA